UGUCAAUUGUCAUAUAGUGUAGAAAUGCUAAGACUCGCCAAGAUUAAGUGCAUUUAUUUUGUGCAAAUUUACUACAGAUUAUUGCUUAAACAAAGUGAAUUCCUUAUUAUUCUUACAAGAUACGUUGAAAUCCAACACCAAUAGUUCUAUAACCUAAAAGUCGCAUACACAGAAAUUACAUCUGCUACUACUGCAAAGUACGGCAGGUUAAACAGUCGACUGUUGCGACUAAGUACGGAACGUGUUUUGCACAAAACAAUCGAUGCCCAGGACACAAUACGAGUAGAUUUGACUUGACUUGACACGGAGGGAAACGAUACAGCAAAUUGGGACUAAACGUAAGUUUAUUUACAAAAGAACAUGAAACAAGUACUUAUAACUAUUAUUAUCUACACACACAUGAAUUCACACGUUAAAAUUGUAUAAUUUCUCAGGAUAAUAAUAAUUCAUCCGGAUUGUAACCAAACCAUAAGCUGCGGUUGUUUCAUUUCCGGUAUUAUUAUUGCGGAACCUCCUGAAUCUGUUGGCAAUUUCCAACAAUUUAUUAUUAUCGUUUAACACGCAAACUACAGUCAUGUCGAGUCGAACUCUACGAUCAAAUCGGUCCGGCAAACCGAACCAAGUGGUUGGUGCGAAAAAUAGUGCAAAUAGUGGGGUGCAAGUGGUGGUUACGGGUGAUCCAGAGGAGUCCCAUCCCGGACGGACAUGCCAAGUGUGCCGAGGAAUGGACACGGACGAGAUGGUUCAAUGUGACGACUGCCAGAAGUGGCAUCACUUCCAGUGUGUGGGAGUAACGCAGCAGAUCGAAAAUUUCCCGUGGAGUUGUGCCAAAUGUGGAAUAGCAAAAGGUGUCCAGGAAUCAAUUUCAACUGCAGGUGCUCAUCAAGGAAGUGGCGGUGUAUCGGUGCGGUUGUCGGAAGUCGACUUGAAUUCGUUACCAGUAUUACCACACCAGCAGGUCGAAACGCAGCCGCAGACUAGCAGAGUAACAGAUGGGACCAUUCAAAAGAAGGAUGUGAAUAAAACUCCAUUCGUGACUUCCUUGAGAUGGGUAGUCAAUACUAGCAGAGAGCCGUCUAGAAAUGCUUCGAGAGCUUCUUCGGUAUCGUCAAGUCACUCCUCGCAAGCGCUCGCUAAGUUGAAACUACAAAAGUUGGAGGAGUUGAGGACUAUUGAACGGCGUGAAGCAGAACAGCAACGAGCACUCGUAGCUGAUGAAGCGAAGAAGGAAAAGGCUUAUCUGGAUCAGAAGUAUCAUCUACUAGAGCAAGCCAUGUCUGAAAGCGGUUCUUCUAGGGACGAUUCAGUGAGCAGAACUGAACACUGGGUAGCAAGCACGAGCCAGCCGAGACUGCUGAACACCGGGGAUCAACUUGACCUAAACCAGCGCUUUGGUAAGAUACAACUUGCUCACACGACCAGUGUAAGGGUCGGUAGUAGCCGCUCCUCGCUACCAGAACCAAACCCACCGGAUCCAUUCCCAGUGCCGGAGUCCUUGCUAACUUACUCCGUGGAUCCACCAGCCACGGACGGUAGGAUGCAGCCAUUGACAGUAGGAUCGGUAAAUCCAGUUCUACAAGGCAACCAAACUGAACCGGUCACUUCUAUGGAAGCCCAGCGCCGAGUUUCGAUUGCGCAAACUCCUCACUCCGGAGCAUAUGGAGUGUUUCAGUCCAGUCGGUCGCUGGAUGCAACACGCUCGGCACCGCAUUCUGCACUGCGAGUUCAACCACGCAAUUCAGUUUCCCGAAACCCUGAAGCGAAUCAGCCUUGUCAAUUUUCUCAAGGUGUUUCAACUCCGGAGUAUCAACAGUUUGCUCCACAUCCGAUCCAAUCACGAGUUCAUCUUCCGAAUGCUCCCCAUUCUUCUACCAUGCGAGCCAGUCGUGUCUACGACCAUGAGGAAGAUAUGGACCCAUGCCCGAUUUCUCGAAAGCAACUGGCUGCCCGACAAGCGAUUACGAAAGAUCUACCUGCAUUUUCUGGGAACCCAGAGGAAUGGCCUCUGUUCUUCUCAACCUUCAACAGCACGACAACAUUGUGUGGCUUUACCAACGAGGAGAAUAUUGUUCGCUUGCAGAGAAGCUUGAAGGGCCGAGCAUAUGAGGCAGUAAAAAGUAGGCUGUUACACCCGGCAAACGUGAAUGGGGUCAUAUCAACACUGAAGAUGCUCUUUGGACAGCCUGAGUUAAUCGUACAUACUAUGAUGUCCAAAAUCAACUCUCUUCCGUCAUUAAGAGAGGACAAAUUGGAAGCCCUAGUGGAUUUCGCCGUUAGCGUCGAAAACUUCUGCGCGACAGCGGAUGCGUGUGGAUUAGAGGAAUACCUUUACAAUAUUUCCUUUCUUCACCAACUCGUCAGCAAGCUGCCACCAUCGAUAAAAUUGAACUGGGCGCAAUAUAGGCGAACACUUCCAACGGUUAACUUGUCCUCCUUUAGCAACUGGUUGUACUCACUUGCUGAAGCUGCUAGCGCCAUCACCAUCCCGAACGUGACCUUCGAAUCCAAGACAGUACGUAGCGACUCACGCACAACAAAAAGAAACAAUCCGUAUGUGAAUGCCCACUCUGAAGAAGCCUCUUCGGGGUUUCACUCUGCAGCCCCAUCCAACGUGGAAACUGCGACUGGCCGCUGCCCAGUUUGUGAAGAAAGCUGCACAUCGAUUGCCAAGUGUAAAGGCUUCCUGGAACUCUCUCGAGAUGCCCGCUGGGCAACUGUUCGAGAUUUGGGGCUAUGCCGCAGAUGUCUUCGGCAACAUAAGGGAUGGUGUCAAGCAAAACAAUGCGGGAAGAAUGGCUGUGAGCUCAAACAUCACGAGUUACUGCACAACGAACAGAAAGGCGUACAGCUGCCGUCGACUACUUCUUCGAAAAAUCCAAACGAAGCCUCGCCGGCUCAGGGCCAAUACUCCACUCCACAUCCAGUGCCAAGCUCGUCCGAACACGGGUGUCACGCUCAUCAGGUUACUUCUAGCCAAGUGUUAUUCCGCUAUCUACCCAUUGUGCUACAUGGAAAGUAUCAUUCGAUUCAGACGUUCGCUUUUCUUGAUGACGGAUCGGAACUCACAUUGCUAGACAACGAAUUAGCGGAUGAACUGCAGCUUGAAGGAGAGCCGAUGCCAUUAUGUCUGCACUGGACGGGAGGAGCGAAACGUCGAGAAGAAGAAUCAAGGAGCGUCAAACUAGAAGUGUCUGCAAAGCAUAAUGAAUCGAAAACGUACUCUAUAACGGGUGUACGAACAGUAGCGGAACUGCUCCUUCCUUCGCAAACGCUGAAUCUCGAAGAGUUAUCCCAACGAUACCCGCACCUAAAGGGUUUGCCAAUCAGUUCUUAUCAGAAUGUUCGGCCGAGGAUUCUCAUUGGCAUGAAGGACCAGCACCUCAGCUUAGUCCAAAAGAGCCGCGAGGGUGCUCUGCAUCAACCGAUCGCCGUGAAAACACGUCUUGGGUGGACAGUUUGCGGAGGAGGAAAUCAAGACAACUCUGCUAAUCUUGCUCACUCAGUAUUCCACGUAUGCGCUUGCGAUUCGUUGUCGGAUGUCAACCUGCAUCAAAAAAUGAAGGAAUAUUUUGCAGUAGAUAGCCUGGGAGUAGCUCAGCCGUUGAAGACACUUCGCUCUACCGAGGAGGAGCGAGCCAUCUCUCUUCUGGAAGCUCGCACGGUUUUCAAGGGGGACCGUUACGAAACCGGUCUACUAUGGCGAUAUGACAACCCACGUCUGCCUGACAGCCUUCCAAUGGCACUCCAGCGACUUCAGUGCCUUAAAAAGGGUACGCUAGAAAGCUAA